UGUAAAAAUAUAUGCACAUGUGAAAAAUGUGAGAAAUAUAAAAAAAAAAUAGUUUUUCACAUGUGAUUGUUUAGAUAUGAAAUUCUAUGACAUUUCUGUAAGGGUUCCUGUGUAAUAACAGCUGAGUAGAAAGAGUGCAGAAUGGCAGACACUAUAAACAUAAUGUAAAAAAAUAUAUUUUUUUUUUUUUUGGGGCCAUGUGCGUGUAUCCUGCGUGCAGGCUGUUAGAUGAAUAAACAGUUUUGCGCGGUAGUGGCGCGCGCGCUCGGGUUGGUGUGAUCGCGGCGCGCGGCUCCAAUCUCUUCCCACACUCGGCGCUGCGUGACGUCACCAGGCUGCCUCGGCUGAGCUCGCCGCUCCGUACGGCACACACGGUCGGGAAAAUAAAAUGCUGCUCUCCGCACCGCCAAGGACAGGAACCAGCCCGUAUAACGGCUACACUCACCGGACCGGCAAAAAGGCGUAUGUGUCCUCCACCCAACAGAUGGCACCUCCCAGUCCCAACCCCACAACCAGCAGUAAUGGGAGCAGCGGUGGAGGGGACCAGCUGAGCAAAACCAACCUCUAUAUCCGCGGCCUCCACCCAGGGACCACAGACCAAGACCUGGUUAAACUCUGUCAGCCGUAUGGCAAGAUCGUGUCCACCAAGGCCAUCCUAGACAAGACAACCAACAAGUGCAAAGGCUACGGUUUUGUUGACUUUGACAGUCCUGCAUCUGCGCAGAAAGCUGUUACAGCUCUGAAGGCCACUGGAGUUCAGGCUCAGAUGGCAAAGCAACAGGAGCAGGAUCCUACCAACCUGUAUAUCUCCAACUUGCCCCUGUCCAUGGACGAGCAGGAGCUGGAGAGCAUGCUGAAGCCCUUCAGUCAGGUCAUCUCCACACGCAUUCUCCGCGAUGCCAAUGGUGCCAGUAGAGGGGUUGGCUUUGCCAGGAUGGAAUCGACAGAAAAAUGUGAGGCCGUUAUUCAGCAUUUCAAUGGCAAAUACAUCAAGACACCACCUGGAGUGGCAGUGCCUACGGAACCUCUGCUGUGCAAGUUUGCAGACGGGGGGCAGAGGAAACGUCAGAGUCAGGGCAAAUAUCUUCUAAAUGGUCGGCCGUGGACGAGAGAUGGGGAGACGGGUGGAAUGAUGCUGACCUAUGACCCGACCCCUGCCCUACAGAAUGGGUUCUACUCCUCUCCCUACUGCAUUGCUCCCAACAGAAUGAUCACACAAACCUCUGUCUCUCCAUACAUGCAUUCCCCUGUUUCAACCUACCAGGUACACAAUCCAUCUUGGAUGCACCAUCAGUCGUACCUCAUGCAGCCCACGGGAACACUCCUAACACCGACCAUGGACCACACUCUGUCCAUCCAGCCUGCUGCCAUGAUGCCACUGACCCAGCAGCUCAGUCAUCUUUCCCUGGGCAGCACCGGCACGUAUAUACCUGCAAACACAGCUAUGCAAGGUACAUACAUACCCCAGUACACCCAAGUGCCUCCUGCCAGUGUCUCAGUCGAGGAAAAUGGUGUCCAGCAGCCACAGGUUACUAUUGAGGCAGCCACGGAGCAUCCAGCAUAUUCCUACCAACAUGGCAAAUGAAGACAAGCUCGUCCGUGCAGGAAUCAGCAGUCAAUGUGUCUCCACUUUCUGCUGCUGUGGACAUCAAAGGAGAGACACUGACAUCUAAAGGAGCCUGUCCCCUAGUCAAUUAAAGGAAACAGACAUUAAUUCUACUGGAGACUCUUUCAAGAGUGCAAAGACCAAGCAAUGGAAAGUUUAACCUCUUUUGGCAGCAUUAAAAACAACAUGAAGGAAGCUAUGCACUCAAAAGGAGGGCAAUGAAAGCUAGCAAAUGUUCACACAUGUACAAACACACGUCUCUUUCUCUCUCUCUCUCUCUCUCACACACACACACACACACACACACACACACACACACACACACACAAGAAACCUUUUUUUUUUUUUUGGCACCUAAAAUACGGCUUUAUUCUGGUCAUCCAGAGUGAAACAGAGACAACACUAUCAUUUUAGAACAGUAGUUUGUAGUUUAUUUUUAAACUAUUUUUCUUUUUUCCAUUUACCCCAAUUGUUUUGAAUAUGUGACUGCUUUAAAGGUCUGUUUUAGAGGUAGGUUUUUUUGUACAUAGAAAAAGGCAAUGUUUUUUUUUUAAAGGUUUUGCUGCAUUUUUUAUUGAAUAUCAAAGAAACGGUUUUAAUUAAAUGUGGAACAAGCUGCUUAAGAGUGACUCUAAAGCAGUUAAAAAUAUGGUGGAAAAUAUGUUCUGUUGUAAACGUCCACAUCACCCAGCAGUAUGACGUGACUCACAGUUGCUAUUUUUAACGAAGGUCAGAGUUUAUUAAUAGUGGAAUCAAGAUCAUAGACAUGCUGUUCUGCCUCUGUCCCUAAAAUGCUGCUUUGUCUCAGAACCGAGGUCGUACUCUUUUGAGAUAUUUUUUUUUCUUAUUUAAAGUGAAACUGUCUUUUUCAGAAAAUUGACAGAAAACUUUCCUAAAAUAAUUAAAUGCCAGCAUAGCAUGGUCUUCUGCAUACUUUUGUGAUAUUUCACAUCCAUUUCAUUUAAAACAGUUACAUGAUUACACUCAGGCCUAGGACAAACCCUGUUCUUGACCAUUAAAUGUUGAUUAAAUGGGGCUAUUCCACAUAUCAGUGGAUCCCCAGGGCCACCACCUGGUCUGGGCCUGGGAGAACUUCUGCCCUGUGGUGUGGCUGACUGCACUCUAUGGGUAGUGAGAUGUCUACAUUAUAAACUGACAAAAUUCUAUAAGAACUAUACACAGUAGAGGUGCAUAGGGGUAAUUUUUAAAAUCCCAUUCCUGCCUGCUCCAGAAGGAAUUCUUAUUCAUUCCUACAGACAUUCUUGACCAAUCCCACCCAUUCCCUCAGAAGGUUUAACCAAAUACUACUGUCUCCAUUUUUUUUUAUUUAACUGCCUGUGAUCUUUUCUAAUGAACUUCAUUGGCUGUAUUUCAUUCAUUCAUUCAUUCAUUCAUCUUCAGUAACCAGAUUAUGCUGGUCAGGGUUGCGGUGGAGCCAUUUGUGUGUCAGACUGUGACUAUGGCCUGAGCUACCCUGUCGUUGCUCACUGGACAGCGAUUGCUGAUAACAAUGUCACAAGACUACAAACUUCAGUCCCACAGUUGGCCCCAACCUUUUCAGGGCUCAGGGCCUUGUCAGUGGUAGAACCCAUCAUGAUUGCUGCUCUGACCCUUCCCUUUUGGACAUAGUUGCAGUCAAAAAGGUAUACCCCAUGGUUCAAAACAAAGGGUUUCUACUCAAUGUACUUUCUUGUUCAGAAUGAUGGUGGUUUCUUCCCCAUUUGAGAUGAGAUGGCUGAACUGGUCCCAUAAAUUUCGCAUGCUAAAGUUAUCAGUUGUUACUCAUGCUGUUGCAACCACAGGAGUAAUUCCCCUCAGGAACUCCAAAAUAUAUGCAUAUUUCUAUGUUCCCAUCGCUCAGAACACAGAUGCCUUUUGAGGUUUGCCUUCCAAGGAUAGGGUUCCAGUAUCCUACUCUUUCAGGUGUUCUCAAGAUAUAUGCAGGGGACCUGUUGUCUGUGAUGGCGAGAGGUAGCACAAUACUGCCAUAUUUGGACAACUGGCUCCUAUGGGGCCCCACUAAGGAAAAGGCCAUGUUCUCAUCUUAGCUAGAGGGGCAUGAGCUCUAGGUCUCUGGAAAAGCAAGACCUUUCUCACAAAAGGCGUGGUGUGAGAACACAUCAACCAGCUCGAACUGAGGGUGAGCCAGUCACGUGUUGAUCCAUAUGGACAGAUACAUCAAUCAAUAGGGAGCCAUGAGGUUAGACGGCACUCUCUGCCUUGCAUAAAUGCCCCUCAGGUGGGCCAACCCAUGAUUAGCUUCACUGAGAGCAUCUCCGCAAUGGUGUCGCAGAGGCACUGUCAAGGUGAUAUCCCAGAUCUGGAAAAGUUUUGGCAAGAUGCAGUUGAAUCUCUUUGGUGAUGGCAAAACUAAUCACUGCCAACCGUGGUUGUCCCUGGUGGACAGCCUGCUUGGACAGGAUGCGCUGGGCCAUGACUGGCCUCACUGUCAACUGUAGACAUUUCUGCCUUGAAUGCGUUGACAACCAGUUAAUUAUAAUCUUUUGGUUAAAGCUAGGUUUCUUCUCAAAGUCAUAUCAAUGGAUCUUGUUAACCAGUGGAUUUACCAUUUACCAUGAUGGUUCCAUGAUUGUUGCCCAGUAACCACCCUACAGUACUAGGACCAGAUGGCUGCCAUUCAAUCAUCUGUCAUGGAGGAAAGCCACAGGGAGCUCAUAACCUGGCCUACAGGGAGGCAGGAUACCCAACAAUUAUUGCAACAUGCCACUGUAUGAGGAGUGUUUCCUCAUAGACAUGGCUUAGAGCCGUUCCAGGAGGUAUGUGCUGUUACUGCUGCCUGGGCAACCCUGUACACCUUCUCUGGGUUCUGCAAGGUUAACAUCAUCACUCUGAACACCUUUCCAGUCAGUCCUAAGUCGCACUGGUUCCUCAUGACAUUGUGUCAUGUUAUCUAGGUGAAUCUCACCAUAGCUGGCAUUUCAGAGUGGUCACAUAGAAUAUGUUAGAUAACCAGUACAGUUCCCUGUUUUUGAGAACAAGCGAAGAUUCAGCAGGAACUUGGCAAGAUGCUCCAGGGAAAGAUGGUAAUGUAGGAUUUAUUCUAAAUACUGCAAAAUAUUUUGUUUCAAGCAAAGUCUUAUGUAUGCACACACUCACAAGGUAUACAGGUGUUUCUCAUGGGCCAUGAGUUAUCUAGGGUUCACAGAACCCUAGAUUCUUACCUAUGCAGGACAUUUACCUACCAUGUAACUACCAUGCUAUUUCCCAAAAUAUAAACAAAUACUUUAAACCACAGUGACCCUGACAAGGAUAAUGCUCUUACUGAAGAUGAAUAAAUGUGGAAUGAGCAUGCUGCUGUGUCCAAUACACUCUCAUUUUAAUCAGUGCAGACUUUCUUUGUAACAAACUUCGUAUCCGACCACAUUCUCCCAACCACUGCUGCAAGAUCCCAUUCCUAAUGCACACCUCAAAUAUACGUUAUAUCCCUGGAACAAUUAGCAUCUUGCAAAAAACCUGAAGUCACAUAACAUUAUAAAGUAAUCUCAGACACACUUGCCAACGUGGCAUCCAGCACUGUAUGAUAUCCUUUUAAUCUAUAAAUAUGAACAAAACACUGCAACUAAAAACUGUAGUGGCAGCCAUGUUACAGCCUUAUGAGGUAUAAAUGGCAUUAUAAAUCAAAUGAUGGCACUAGAAUCAAAUGUGUAAUGAUUUUUAGCAUGCAUCUAUUAUUAGAUUUUCAGUUAUUAGCAGUAGAAAACUAAAAAAAAAAAAAAAAAAAAAAAAAAAAAAAAAAAAAACAAGCACAAUUUGGACUACAAAUCUGUCCUGGCUUAUGACGACAUUUUAUAGGAAAUUCUGAGAUAACCUGAGGUAAGUGGAAAAUCACUGCAGAUUCAAUGUCUCUAAGGCCCUCUAAUGGCAGCUACUUUCCCCAUAAGCAUUUACAUAUUUGGUACUGUGUCUAAUGUGGAGUUUCUUUGAGGAAUUACACAAUUUUUAUAUUUCUUCUGGCAAAAUUCAUGUACAAUUAAAAACGUUAAUCAAUAAGCAAAAGAAAAAUUAAUUGUAUGAUAAGUCAAACCAGGACACAGCCUCAGGUUUUUUAUUUCUGGAAAGACCAGAUCUACAUACAAAACAAUAAUAAAAGGUACAAAAAAUGUAUUAAAUAUGACUUCAGAUAAUCUGUGUAGAUACGGUAUGUACAAUAAUUGCAAAUAUAGUGGAGACAAAACUAGAAACGGCUGCAAGUAUCUAAAUAUAAUACACUUACAUAAAGAGAGGCGAAUAUCCUCUGGGGUUGAUAUAAAACAGGAGGAUGCUAUACUGCUGGUUCUAUUUACAGGUCGAGUCGCCCUACACUGACCUCUCUAUAGAUAAAUCAUCCUGAUCUGAUUUGCCAUGCUGCCGCUCGUCCCAUCCUGCAGCAAAAAUAACCAUCAGAAAGUGUUUCUUGGCUAUCCAUGAGGAGCCUCGGCUGAACGAACCCUCCUAAAAAAAGAAAACCAGACUGAAGUCAUAACUGCUGUAAAUAAGACCUUUGCAGAAACAGGAGCCAAAUGCAAUUAGGCUAUUU